AUGCGACGUGGUUGCGGUUGCAAGAGCCCAACUUGGCAGCGAGGCACCUGGGACUACAGUAAGGAGUCCUUCGAACAUAGCCUGGAACUGACGGCCACGGUAGAGGAAGCCGCAGGGUCCAUGCAACCGGGAAGCAAAGUCGACCUGGCCGGCCUCUGGGCUACCCGCGCAGACAUCCUCAUGGGCCUGGGCGGCCUGAGAAGAGCAGCAGGGGAGCUGCGGGCGGCGGCGCUGCUUGCGCCGGAGGACGUCCGCGUGAAGGACCUCUUGGCUGAAUGCGAGAAGCUGCAGCAGUACCAGGAGGAGGGCUUUGCGGAGGAUGCAGCAGCUGCAGCCCAGAGCAAGGUGCCGGUGCACAUCCUAACUGGCUUUCUAGGGUCUGGCAAGACUACCUUGCUGAACCAUAUCUUGAGAGAGUCGCACACCAAGCGGUAUGCGGUCAUCGAGAACGAGUUUGGCGAGAUCGGCAUCGACGACAAGCUCAUCGCCCGCAGGGAGAACCUCGGUGCAGAGCAGAUCAUCGAAAUGAACAACGGCUGCAUCUGCUGCACC